AUGGAGCGCGCGCGGCUGCUGAGCCGAGGCCUGCGGCUGUGCCGCUCCUGCCUGGGGGCCUCCUGCAGCCGCCGCCCCCGCUCGCUCGGAGGGGAGCGGCCGACCCGCUCCCUGGGGGCCCGGGCGAGCGCGCCUGGGGGCCGGCUGCGCUGGCCGGGCGGGCCGAGCUCGCCGCGCCUAAGUGAUCUCUCUCGGCACAUGACUACAGAGGUGUCCCAAGCCACUUUAGCCAGUGUGGCUCCCGUGUUUUCCGUGAUGAAAUUUGACAAAAACGGCAGUGUAAGCUCAUAUGAAAGAAAGAAAACAGAAUUAUAUCAGGAGCUAGGUCUUCAAGCACGAGAUCUGCGGUUUCAGCAUCAAGUGAACAUAUCGCCCAGGAACAACAAGAUUAUCAUUAGAAUGGAGUUUUUGAAGGCAGUGAUAACGCCAGAAUUUCUUCUCAUCUUGGACUAUCGCAAUGUAAAUAUGGAAAAAUGGCUACUACGAGAACUGGCUUCUCAGCUGGCUGGGGAAGGCCAGCUAGUUACAUAUUCUUUACCUUUUGAAUUCAGAGCGAUUGAAGCAAUACUUCAGUACUGGAUCAACUGUCUACAUGAGAGACUUUGCAGCUUGCAGCCGCAGAUUAUUGAAACAUUGAAUGCUUUAGUGGACCCUAAGCUUCUGUCCGUGGAUAGGAGUAAAGUUCAUGUUCUGUUGCAAAAUGGAAAGAGCUUGUCAGAGUUAGAAACAGAUAUUAAAGUAUUUAAGGAAACAAUAUUGGAAAUCCUGGAUGAGGAAGAGCUUAUAGAAGAGCUGUGCCUAACUAAAUGGACAGACCCACAAGUAUUUGAGGAGAGUAUUUCUGGAAUUGACCACGCAGAGGAGAUGGAGCUGCUGCUGGAGAAUUAUUACAGGCAGGCAGAAGAUCUCGCUAAUGAAACUCGUGAACUCAGGGUGUUGAUUGAUGAUUCUGAAAGUAUCAUCUUUAUCAACUUAGACAGCCACCGUAAUGUGAUGAUGAGGCUGAACUUGCAGUUGACCAUGGGUACCUUUUCUCUUUCGCUUUUUGGAUUGAUAGGAGUCGCCUUUGGGAUGAACUUGGAAUCCUCAUUUGAAGAGGACAGAAGAAUAUUCUGGCUGGUGACAGGAAUCAUGUUCCUGGGCAGUGGCCUGAUAUGGCGGCGCCUGCUUUCGUUUCUGGGACGGCAACUGGAACCUUCAUUACCUCCACCUAUCCCUGGUUUGCUGAAAAGAACUCAUCUAGCAAAUGGGAAAGUAGAAUUUAAAACGGACUUCAAAACAGAAUCCCUUGGGUCAAGCAGAAGCACGCUCACCAACCAAUGA